CCUGUAACUGUGCACUGCAGAUCAGUGGUAACACUCACUCCGCCUUGCGACGCCGGUGUGUUUUCUGCAUCCACAUUGAACCUUCAAGCUUCACUGUUCAAAUUCGUACGCCGUGCCUUGAACUUCAAGCUUCAAGCGUAACUCGACCUCGAGCGCAGUCCGAGCCUCGCCGCUCUUGUGUGUGGGCAGCGUACCGUCAGAAGUUUGAUAGGAAUUAAACACCAGCGAUCACUGCUGGCAUGUCAAGCGCUGUUGUCGGUGACCCCUACCUGAGGCUCAUGCCUCAAGAUAGCCGGUGCUGGAUUUAUCACCUACCAACGGAACUACUCGUCCAAAUAUUCCGCAUCGUGUAUGAUUGCGUUCCAGACGAUGGGAAGAGGCACUUCCCUGAAUUGAGCAUCUCCCACGUCAGCAAGCUCUGGCGCGACAUCGCAAUCAACCUACCCACCCUCUGGACCGCGUUCGACUUUCCGGAUGACCUGCGGCACAACAAGGCUGCCAUCUACCUCGAGCGGUCCAAGAGAGCGCCGUUGGAGAUCGUCAUAACUCUCGACGGAGGUGAAGGAAAAGCAGACGCGCGUACUACCACCGAACUACUGGAGAAGCUCGACGCAACCAUGACGUUGGUUAUCCCUCAUAUUACUCGCUGGAAUUCACUCGACAUCAUGGCCUUUGACUACUCUUUCAUCCAUCCCACGCUCAUCCAGUUGGGUGCGUGCGUCGGGGCGCCGAUGCUCGAGGUGCUACGGAUUUCAAAUUACGCGUUGAACCCUUCGGAGGGAGUCGGGGAGGAGUUCAAGAGACAAGAUUUUGUCCUGUUCCACGGUAAUGUGCCGAGUCUCAAGUGCGUCGACCUUGUGGGCGUCCACGUCAAUUGGACCACAUCCAUCUUCCUGAGCGGUCUGAAGGAACUCCAUCUCAGCUGCCACGCGGAAGACCUCCGACCGUUGUUCAAGGACUUUGCGCGCAUCUAG